AUGUACUUCAUGCCACCAAUGCAUAAGUCGGUGCCCCAUUUGGGUCCCCCCAUUCAAAGAAGUGUGGUCACGCCACUGCACUGGUCUGCCCCAGAUGCUGCUGCACCAGGUGGAGCCCCCGGUGCUCCAGGAGCCCCUGGUGGUGAUGGAGCCCCAGGCGGCGCACCUCCUGGCCCACCCAAUACUUCCAGCAACCGCAGGCUACAGCAGACACAGGCCCAAGUCGAGGAGGUGGUGGAUAUCAUGCGGGUGAAUGUAGACAAGGUUUUGGAAAGGGACCAGAAGCUUUCAGAGCUUGAUGACAGAGCGGACGCUCUCCAAGCCGGAGCCUCCCAGUUCGAAAGCUGCGCAGCUAAGCUAAAGAACAAGUACUGGUGGAAGAACUGCAAGAUGAUGAUCAUGAUGGGGAUCAUUGGAGUCAUAGUGGUUGGAAUACUAUUCUGUAAGUAG